UGAUUAUUUAGUUUAUAUAUUAAAUAUAUCUUCUUCUUGAAGAGAAAAAAAAAAUCCUUAAUUACUCUAUAAUGAUUACAGUUUGGUAGAUAUGAUGUUAUUAGUGCUAUUAUAAUACACAUCUCUGGAGAUUGGUGGAUCUACAAGGUAUUACUCGAAGCCAAUCAUUAUCAUAUAUUUGUAUACAUGUUAUACGAAUAACGUUUGGUGGUUCAGUAGUACUAUUAUAUAAGAAAGCGAUGGUUGAUUUGUACCUAAAGUGAUAGUUUACACCAUUUAUCCUGUCUCACUUUCUCGUCCAGCAGAAUAUAUAUAUUGAGUUUCUCCUCUCUCAUGGUAUGCUCUCCUGUUUUUCUUAUUCUUUUAGAUUCUGCAUUUCUUUUUUUUAUUUGGGUUGAUUGUCAUUUUCUUGUUUCAUUCUUUUAUUGAAUUAUUUUCUUAGAAGAUUUUGUUGGUUGAAGGCUAGUCUUUCUUCUGUUCUUGGCUAUUGCUUUCUUUUUCUACAUUUGUAUGAUAAUACCUGACUACUGUAGUCAACUUGUUUUGAUAUGUGCACAACUUGCAGAGUUAAUGUUGAUAUGCUCCUUAUACAAAAUGUUUUGGUUCGAAUAAGCCCAUAUGAUUUCGUUUCACAUUGUACUGUGAUUUUUCUUGUGAUUCACUAACUCCCAAUGUUUUUUUUUUGCCAUUUUCCAUGCUCCAAAAUUUUCUUUAAUAAGAUUUGUCUUAUUUCUCAUUCAUAUUGUGAAAGGGUUUAUUUGGGUAUACACCAAAAUAAUCUUAUUGGUUUAUAAGUUCAGUAAAGAGUGUCUUUAAUUUGAGACCUAGAAUCAUUUAUAGUAAAAUGGCAAUUGGAUGUUAAACAUGAAUCUUUAGAAAAUAUUUAAAAAUUUCGUGUUAUUGAACUUAUGAUUUUAAAAUAUAUUAAAAAUGUUUCAAUGAAAAUGUUUCAGUUAGUGAAUAAUAAUAAAAUAUUGUGAUCUAAGAUGUUGUGGUAGAGAUUUUUAGUUAAAAGGAUAAAAAAUGAAUAUUUAAUCUUUUUAGAUGAUAUAUUUAGUGGUGUUAGUAGGAACUGAAUUUUGAAUGAUUUGUAAAAAUUUUAUUCUGUUGUUAUUAGUUUAUUGAUUUUAACAAUCUAGUGUUACUAGUUUGAUGAUUAUUUAAUUACAGAUAAAAUCUACUAUUAUCUAAAAAGUUUGAUCUUUAAUGAUUCAAUUAUGAUGUCACUGGAACUUGAAUUAUAAAAAAUUUAAUUCCUAACAGAAUAUUUUCUUAGAUUUUAUAAAUAUGCAAAACCCUUUGCAGUUCUUUAUAAACUUAACAAAAUUAGAAUCUCUUAGGAUCAAUACUUUAUGUAAGUUAAACUUCCACUAACACCUUUUAAGUGUUUUUAUAUUUAAACGUUUUACAUAUUUAGUCCUUGUUUACAACAUAUUCAACCCUUUUUACGUAUCUAACUUUUUUCUUGUCUCUCUCUCUCUUUGAUAUUUCAUAUUUAACUUUGCUUGCAAAAUUCCCAUGUUCGAUUUUCUAUUCUUUUAUUUAAAAUAAAGGAGAGAGAGAAAGAAAAAAAGACUUUCAUGUUUUCGCGGAAAACAAAAACAAAAAAUCGCCGCUUCAAGUUUCAAAAUAAAUGCUGAAAGUGAGUUGUGUGUCUGUCUAAAUUCAAAACCGCUUUUGUCACCUUCCUCAGAGCAUAACGAUGCUGAAAGUUCCUGAUUCUUCUUCACCCACCGGAGUUCUCGAAGAAUUCUUCAGAACCGAAGAAUUUGAAAGCUCCGAGGCCGCGAAGAACCCUUCCUCUUCUCGUUUCCGCAGAAUCGUUGAGCUUCUAAGAAGCACAUCGAAAAAAUCGCUGGAGAAUCUGAAGAUUCCGUUUCACAACAAUGCCAUUAAGAGCUCUCUGAGGAGAUGCACUAGCUUGAGGGACAAUCUCAGAUUCGGAUCCUCCAACGAUGCUCAUUUUCUUGUACACUCUCCUCGAAGAAUCUUCACUUUCUCUGAGCUCAAGAUUGCUACAAACAAUUUCGCUUUCGAGAAUCUAAUUGGGAAAGGAGGUUAUGCUGAAGUGUACAAGGGGAGGUUGUCAAAUGGACAAAUGGUAGCUAUAAAACGGCUGAUGCGGGGAAAUAGCGAGGAGAUCAUUGGAGACUUUCUAUCAGAGAUGGGCAUAAUGGCACAUGUUAACCAUUCAAACAUUGCCAAGCUUUUGGGCUAUGGUGUCCAAGGUGGAAUGCAUCUUGUUCUUGAGUUAUCACCUCAUGGGAGCUUAGCUUCUAUGCUUUACAGCUCCAAGGAGAAGAUGAAUUGGAGCAUCAGGUACAAGAUUGCAUUGGGAGUUGCAGAGGGUCUCGUCUAUCUUCACAGAGGAUGUCACAGGAGAAUCAUUCACAGAGAUAUUAAGGCCGCAAACAUUCUUCUCACUCAUGAUUUUUCGCCUCAGAUAUGCGAUUUUGGGCUUGCAAAGUGGCUACCUGAACACUGGACGCACCAUAUUGUUUCCAAGUUUGAAGGCACGUUCGGAUAUCUUGCUCCUGAGUACUUAACUCACGGGAUAGUAGACGAGAAGACUGAUGUAUUCGCCUUGGGUGUUCUCUUACUCGAACUUGUUACUGGACGGCGAGCUCUCGACUACUCCAAGCAAAGUCUUGUUCUAUGGGCUAAACCAUUGAUGAAGAAGAACAAAAUUAGAGAGCUGAUCGAUCCAUCUCUGGUGAGUGACUAUGAUUGGAGGCAGAUUAAACUUGUGCUUCUGGCUGCUUCGUUAUCAAUCCAACAGUCAUCAAUAGAGAGGCCUGGGAUGAGUCAGGUCGUUGAGAUCCUCAAAGGCAACCUGAACGACCUCAAGUGCAUCAUGAAAUGCAAAGUUCCCUUUUAUCGGAAAGCUUUCAGGGAUGAACACAUCUCAAGUGCAUCUUGAAAUGCAAAGUUCCCUUUUAUCGGAAAGCUUUCAGGGAUGAACACAUCAAGAGAUAUUCAUAAAAUUAUAUCUUGGAGAGUGGAAAUAGAUAAAAUACAACUAAAGGGGAAAGAAGAAAAAGUUUAAAAGGGGGGGAGAGGAAGGGGGAGUGUACAUCAUUUUGAGGGAUAAAAAAUAAGUAUUAUACAAAUUACUUGUGAAGAAUAAGAUUUAAAUGACAGUGACAUUGUAUAUAUAUUUUCCAUAUAGAUUACUGCAUUAAUGACUAUUAUUGCGUUAUACGUGAGUCGGGCGAUCAGGUCUUCGUAGAAUAUAUAUUCAGAAUUGCGUUAUACGUGAGUCGGGCGAUCAGUAUGAGCCUAGCAAGUUAAUGAAAAAUCGGAGAUUGAUGACUAAUUUUAAGGCCUUUUUAGUUAUAUGAGUAAAUAGUACACAUUAUGAUACGUGGUCUGUGGGUAGAGUAGAUUAUGUAUUGUCUUUUUUAAUGUUUUCUUUUAGUGAAUGGCAAAACCGUAAAUAAAUUUUCUUCUUCUUUUAGUUGUCGAUUAAGUUUUCUGCAUUUCUACCAUGGCCUAUAACAGAGAUCUGACAUUUCUCACUCAAAUGUUGUUUUUUUUUCUUAUUGUUUCUUCAUAAAAUAUGUAGAUUUAACAUCCAAUUUUCAAUUUCAAGCAUUUAAACCCUAAAAAAAUUGUUUUUUUUUGUGAAACCGAUUUAUUAAUUGAACGAUUAAGAUGAAAUCACCUCGGUUGACCUCCGCCAAGUGCUCCAACCGAGCGCUCCAACGCUGCAUAAUCAGCCUAUGUGUCCGCGUUUUCGAACAUGGUAUAUAUAUAGCUGGGGUGGGGAGAUGGCUUACAUAUGAAAAUAAGCAUUAUACAAAUCAUUUGUUAAGAAUAAGAUUUUAAUGACAGUGACAUCGUGUAUAUAAUUUUAAUAUAGAUUACUGCAUAAAGUAGUGACUAUUAUUUGUGAAUUUUGUUUAUUUAUUCAAUAUAUACAAAAGUAUGACGAGGAGGCAAAUACAUAAUCUUGUGAGAAACAAAUUUCCGUAGAAUAUAUGUAUAGCUGGGGGUGGGAUAUAUAUAUAAUCUUGUGAGAAACAAAUUUUCGUAGAAUAUAUUUCUAAAUGGACAACCAUCAUAAAUUUUUGUUCUGUUUUAACAAUUUUCCCUUACUGAAUAAAAUGACUAUUAUUUGUGAAUUCUGUUUAUUUAUUCAAUAUAUACAACAAUAUAAUGAGGAAGCAAAUGCAUAAUCUUGUGAGAAACAUGUCUCCGUAGAAUAUAUAUAGUUAUUUUCUUAAAUUUCUCUUCAUAUUAAACACUCCACUCAUUCAUCCUAUUUACAAUAUGAUUAUCGUGAAUUUAGUAUAUAUAUUGAAUAUAUACAAAUAUGAAUAAACAAAUGCAUGACUGUUGGCAGAGUCGGGCCAGAUAAAAAAUAAGUAUUAUACAAAUUACUUGUGAAGAAUAAGAUUUAAAUGACAGUGACAUUGUGUAUAUAUUUUCCAUAUAGAUUACUGCAUUAAUGACUAUUAUUGCGUUUUACGUGAGUCGGGCGAUCAGGUCUUCGUAGAAUAUAUAUAUUCAGAAUUGCGUUAUACAUAAGUCGGGCGAUCAGUAUGAGCCUAGCGAGUUAAUGAAAAAUCGGAGAUUGAUGAUUAAUUUUAAGGUCUUUUUAGUUAUAUGAGUAAAUAUAUGUGUAUAUAGAAAUUUAUUUUCAAAAUAGUACACAUUAUGAUACGUGGUCUGUGGGUAGAGUAGAUUAUGUAUUGUCUUUUUUAAUGUUUUCUUUUAGUGAAUGGAAAAAACUUAAAUAAAUUUUCUUCUUCUUCUUCUAGUUGUCGAUUAAGUUUUCUGCAUUUCUACCAUGGCCUAUAACAGAGAUCUGACAUUUCUCACUCAAAUGUUGUUUUUUUUUUCUUAUUUUUUCUUCAUAAAAUAUGUAGAUUUCACAUCCAAUUUUCAACUUCAAGCAUUUAAACCCUAAAAAAAAUUGUUUUUUUUGUGAAACCGAUUUAUUAAUUGAACGAUUAAGAUGAAAUCACCUCGGUUGACCUCCACCAAGCGCUCCAACCGAGCGCUCCAAUGCUGCAUAAUCAGCCUAUGUGUCCGCGUUUUCGAACAUGGUAUAUAUAUAUAGCUGGGGUGGGGAGAUGGCUUACAUAUGAAAAUAAGCAUUAUACAAAUCAUUUGUUAAGAAUAAGAUUUUAAUGACAGUGACAUCGUGUAUAUAAUUUUAAUAUAGAUUACUGCAUAGAGUAGUGACUAUUAUUUGUGAAUUUUGUUUAUUUAUUCAAUAUAUACAAAAGUAUGACGAGGAGGCAAAUACAUAAUCUUAUGAGAAACAAAUUUCCGUAUAAUAUAUAUAUAUAUAUAUAUAUAUAUAUAUAUAGCUAUAGCUGGGGGUGGGAUAUAUAUAUAAUCUUGUGAGAAACAAAUUUUCGUAGAAUAUAUUUCCAAAUG